AUGAAAUUUAAAAGUGAAUUGGAAAACGCUUCAGAUUUACGACUCGACGAUAUUCUAGCAUUGUCGUUUGUACCCUUCCACCCACCGUUAAUGUUUGAGAAAGAAAGUAUUUUAAAGGAAGGAAAAGAAAUAGACAUCGAGUCAGGAUUAGUUGAAAACUCGAUAGCCCGGGCUUACGGUUCGGAUAUUGAAAACAAAAUAUUUUGGUAG